AUGCAAAAUGACGAUCCAAAAACUCCCGCAACACCCCGAAAGCUUGCCGCAGCCCAUUCAUCGAUCCCCCUGUCCCAUCAGUCGCCACCCGCACAGGACGUGGAAUGCCCGCCCCUGACAGCUUUUGUCUUUCCUGAUUUGAGGGCGGUUUAUACGAUGAAGCUACACGAGAUACCUGGCAUAGCUUUCAGUGAAGUUACGCUUUUUGGGUUUGAAAUAUACAUUGUGGAACAGUGGAUCUUAGAGCGUAAGCACUCCACCAUAAUUGCUUCGUACACGGGUAACUCGCAAGACAUAGUGCAUGCCGUCGAGUUCGCACUUCCUGAGUCACCAUAUUUCUGGCCUGCACCAUUCAAAGCAUACUACGAUGAGCUAAUAACGUUUUCGGCGCCAAAAUGGACUGACGAUGGUACGUUGUUUGUUAGCACAUCCUCUCAGAUUCCUUCGGCGCUAAAUCUCCUGCAUGUGGAGUGUGGGGACCUGCGCAAAAUCUGGAACGUCCUGAAAGUCAAUCUUGAUCUGAAAAGGCUGCAUUGCGGUGGAAGGUCUGCGAUGUUACUGUGCGAGCCGUCUAGUGCAUCUUGCGAAAAGUUUGCCCAGCUCUAUAAAGUCGUGUCGCCCACAAAGAUGUCUCAAGACACAGAAAGUAUCUCCCUUACCCACGCCGUUGUUGAGCUCAUAACUUUAGUCCAAAUUUCGCUAACCUAUUUUGACUUGCUUGACCUCCAGUACAGGGACGGUAUCCUCUGUUCUUUUACCGAAAGGGCCAUUAACGACUGGUGGGUUCUGUAUGGAAGCGUCUAUCUUGGCAUCAGCAGGCCGAAGCAUGAGGGUACACUGGGGCCUACCACAGUUGCUGCUCUGUUGAGUCUCGUACUUACUGUAUUUUUCAAGCUCACAGUAGUGAAUUGCAUAUCCUCAAAAGAGCCGUUCGAUGAAGAAGCUUUCCAUGGAGGCAUCUACCUUUUUCAAAAGAAGCAUGGUCUCUUAAAAAGCAACAGUACUAGCAUCUCCGUGCUGGACCCGAUUGUGUUAGCCAAACUCUUCGAAGUGACUCCAAAGGUGUCAAACACAGAUUUCUUCAAGAUCAAAAAAGUCGUCAAGUCAACAGUGCAGGAUAUAACCGGCAAAGGGAAUCCAAUGCAACUUGCGAACGGAAUUUUAACUACAGAUUUAGAUUACUUGGCGAAAAACGUGCAUGGUAGCAUACUCUGCUUUCUGUGGAGAGGAAAAAACACUAAGCAGUCAGCGCAAAAGCUCUCUUCCAAGCGCAAGUUUGCAAACAUUACGUUUAACCGAGGAGACCCAGCUGAUGAGAUUCUAAAAUCCAAUGUAUACGCCUCGAAGCGCGACGAUGAGAUAUGGGAAGAUUUUGACGACCAAAAUUCAAGCAAUUCACCACGCCAAGAAAGUCAUCAAUUUGACAAGGAUUCGAUUCAAAGAUAUUCGCCGAAAAAUGAAGACUUGCGGGAAGCGAGAGAGGUAGAGUUGUCGCGCAAAAGCGAUGGUCGCGUUUUUGAAACUGAGUUACAUCGGCGGCCAUCGGUGCCUUAUCUUCCUGAAGACGUGGGCAUGCUACAAAUGGAAUAUGAAAACGCACCUCGCAAAAACAACCUCGGAAAUGUCAAAACUCGCCGCAGAAGUUUAUCGACUGUCCAGGAUGCUAUUGAAACGUGGGCGAACCCAUUCGAUCCUUCCUUAAUUCGCUUGGCGCGUAAUGCUUUGCGGUUGGAGAAAGAAAUAAGUUGGAAUCAAACCCAGAGAACAACAAAAAGCGAGAAGGAUCAAUUGAUCACACCGCAUAUGAAGAGGCUGCGCGAGAACCACAGCGAGCUACGUUCAAAGCUUCAGGGGCUAGAGCACUUACGAGAGACGCUAAACAACAAACAUUCUGUUGUUUUGGGUGAUAUAUCAGAGCUUGAUUCCUUGGGCUCAAAGCUGAAAUACGAUGUCAGGAUUCUGGAAAAUCGUAUGAGAGAUGUUGAGGAGCGUGUAGCCCAAUUUGGUUCCAAACUCAAUAGCAUGGCACGUUCAAUGGAGGACAAAGAGGCCUGUCAAUUGAUUACCUCUUCAUUCUACAACAAUCCGAAGAAGCUCGACCGAUACGCAAGGGAAAUUCUAGAGGGGGCCGGGCGAUUCAAGUCACACGGCGUGAUUUUGAACCUUUGGGAACUUACUAAAAGCAUGCCUUCGCCGCUUUUGGCGGAAGUUCAGCGCAUUUGGAUUUACCUCUGCGACAGGUUCGCACCGCAGGGACAUCUUAGAAAAUAG